UCUCAUAGUGGCAGUGUACAAGAAAGUUUGUUAAGUGAAUGCUGCAGUUGCGACAAUUCAUUUUGAACAACGUGCAUGCACGAAAUGGAUACCUGAUCACUUACGGAAUUUUAAAGAUUUUUCAAAGUGAAGGAUUUCAAAACAAAUUGAAAUGGCGAAUGCGCUGUGUACCGUUUUGGCGGCGAUAGCAGUUUACCAGGUGCUUAGUCUUCCGAUGAACGAAAAUAUAAAGUUACCACGUGUGGGCACGUCGAAUCCUUACGAAAUAAAUGGAUUAAAUUAUGCACAUCAAAAAUCUGUUAUAAAUAAUGCGAGUGCGUUGGAAAAUUCGUUGGACUAUGUCGAUAAAACUGUGCGCCAAGUGCAAGAGAUUUUGAAAGCAAAUUCGUCACUUCCCAGAUUAACCAGAGGCGAAAUUUUGGAAAUUAUCGAAAAACUCACCAAAUCCGAUUUGGCCGCGGCUCAAAGGGAGAAAUCGAAACAACGCGAUCAAAAAUCUGUUAUGUUAGUCAUGCCGUACACGCCAAAUCGUGACGAUGACGGCAAAAUGCAGGAGUUAUAUACUAAAGCGCCGGUUACACAAAUUGUCAACGACUCAAAACCUGGAAACGCGAGACCCACGAGCAGGGAAAAAGUGCAAGUCAAACAGAGAGGCGUGCAGUCGACUACUGCUACCCCGAAAGUUAAGACUAGCUCAUCAGGUGAGACAACCUCAACCAUCGCUGUAAUACUUAACACCACUCCUAACCUAUCAAAUCGUUCAUCACUAAUGACAAAUAUACAAAAAGGUAGUCACAGACAAGUGACCGCAGCUACAGUAAAACAAAUACUACACGAAUUAACUACGGAAAGGAUGAAGUAUCGACGUGGAAGCACCACGCAGAAACCAGCUUCAUCCGCCGAAAACAGUGUAAGACGACGACCGGUACAACAAUCGCCCCGUUAUCCUAAUCACAAAUACCCUGACGAAUUGCAAUCUAACAACUCAUUAUCACCAUUAACCUCAGAUCAUUUCACAACUCAGAAACCCGUAAGGUUUACUCAUCAAACUGUUUCCGAUCCGAAACCAUCCAAACCUCAUCGUUUCACAACACCAAGACCGCCAUUAUUGGAAGUUAAUUUACCUGACGAAUUGAAAUCAACUUUAGAUGAACUAAACAUAGGGGAUUCCCUUAAGAAAAAUCCUCUAAAGUACGAUUUCUUUAACUUACCGAAUCCCAAUGAUCGCAUUGAGGAGAAUUAUGGAAUCAUUGACACAUUUUCGCCCGCUCCACCCGCCGUACCUGACAUUUCUAACGUUGCUAACACCUUAACGCCGGAAAUGAAAGAAUUAUUAAUGAACUUUGGGUUAUUAGCAGAUUUCAAUCAUCAAUCGCCUAAAGUAAAGGAGGAACCGUAUCUUGGACGAACCACGGCGGAAGUACGACCCGACUCCUACAUUAAGUUUAAACCGCUACCAGAAAUUAGUGGAGUAGACGAGGAAAUGGAAGAGUUUCUGGGACGUUUCGGGCUUGGAAAAAGUGCACAGAGCGGCCGCAAGAAUAGAAAAAUUCACACCCCUCAAGACACACUUUCGGAGAUACCGGGUGUCGACUUCGAGAUAGUUCCGGAUACAUUGCAAGACGUAGUGAAGAAUUUGGGUUUGUGGAAUCGAGAGGGAAAGGAUUUUGAGCACCACGUUUCGCCCCCACAAACUCACGUUUUCAAUCCAAUUGAGAGCACGUACGCCACGCAAGAAGAGCUCGACAAGCUAAACCAACUCAUGGAACUUAUUAAGCAGUUAGAAAAACUGAACGGUACAGCCAGUGAGGCAGACUUGAACAAAUUGGACAUGGACCAGCUGAAGGAACUCGUGGGAAGUUUGCAAAAAAACGACUCUGGGCUUCUUGGCGCAGAUGACGACGACUUAAAUCCGAUUAACUACGACAUUGGGUUGAGUAAGAAUGAAGUUAAACGUCAGGAAAACUCUACUUCGACUGAAGCUACGAGCGCGGCGACCAGUAAUCAAGAAACCGAAACCGUUAACAUCAAGGACUUGGAGGAUUCUUUUGGUGGCAGCGCCGCCAUUGAAGCUGAGGUCACGGUGCCGCCUCCCACAGAAGCACCGAAAACCGGCUUCUACUAUCUACUCGAUUGGAAUUCAUUCUUCGAUAUUGAUGAUCAAAAAGGGAAAAGAGUGAAUUUAAGGUUUCAACCGAAAGUUGGCGAUCCACGGCAGUUCAUUUCCGUAUCCGUUCCUUAAUUUCCUUCGUUUACGCAUUGUACAUAUUUAAUAACGCGCGAGACCUUAGAAAUUUAAGAGUAUUAUGUAAAUAUAAAUAUUUAUUUUGUGGUAAAUAAAGUAAAGAAA